CAUUAACAGACCAAGAUGACCGUCAAUUUGUAGCCGAUGCCAAGGAUGGGGAGAAAAUGACGAUGCCUUCGAUGGCUUUCUUCAUUGAACACCCAGCGACCAAGAGCAAGAUCGUCUUUGACUUGAGUAUCCGCAAGGAUCUUACCAAGUACCACCCAGGAUUGCAGAAGCACAUUGCCACGCGGGAUCCUAUCAGUAGCGAGGACGAUGUAAAGUCGGCUCUUGCGCUGGGCGGCUGCGACUCCGGGGAAAUUGACUAUGUGAUUGUUAGCCACAUCCAUUGGGAUCAUGUCGGCACGCCGUCCGACUUCCCCAAUGCGACUUUCAUCUGUGGCCACAACACCGACAAGCUUCUCAACAACCAAAUGGGCGAGGACCUCUACAACCCAUACUAUGAACCAGACUUACUACCCAAGGAUCGCACCAUUGAACUUCCCGCGGUACCGAGCCAGGCAGAGGGCGAAGUCUUCGAGCCGGAGCGCGGCUGGCGUUGGCAAUCCAAGCAUGAUAUCCCCCACGCCAUUGACAUGUUUAACGACGGGUCAAUCUACAUUAUCAACAGCCCCGGUCAUGUCCCAGGCCAUCUCAAUGCCUUGGUGAGAGUUGCUGCGGACAAAUGGGUGUACCUGGCAGCGGACGCCUGCCACCAUGCGCGCAUAUUCAACGGCGAGACGGAUUUCGGCGCUUGGAAAGACGAUAAAGGGCGCACUAUUACUAUUCACAAGGAUCUAGACGCAGCGUACAAGACGUUAAGCAUGAUGCAAAGACUACAGAGAGAAGGGCUGGAUGGUUCGCUAGUUGAGGUUGUGCUCGCCCACGACGGCGAGUGGCAAGAAAAGAACGCGCGGUUCUUCUUCCCCAACCACAUAUAAUUGAAGUGACGUUGCCACGGCGAUAGAAUCAUCAAGAACAUUAAACCUAGUUAUCUGCAGAGGGAAGCUAGGCCAAGUUCAUAAUGUAUUGUGCUAUAGCAUGUUUUCCCGAUCAACCAGGACUCUUUUAGAUCUCUCUCAGCGGUACUACAU